AUGGAUCACAUCAACAACCAAUAUAAUGCCGAGCUGAGCAGCUUUGUGCAGAAAAAGUCAUUUGCCCAGAACAUGAUGGACAUUGCACUGCUCUCGGCGAACACCAACCAGCUACGAUACGUGAUAGAUUUGGGAGAGAAACAUCCGUACUAUAUGACCAGCCUGCUGCUUAUUGUAGUAAGUUUGGUAAUGCAGAUCGUCGUUGGACUGUCCAUGCUAUAUGUGAACAGGUACAACAUGAAGAAUAAGACGGAAAUGAAAGCGGCCUCACACAUGAACAACCUCUCAGUGGCGGGUGUGUUCUUGGUAACGCUGGUCAACGUGUUUAUUUCCACCUUCAACGGUGCUGCGACUGGUGCUGCCGUGGGUGUAGUACCAUCGGAAAUGGCCACUAUUAUGAAUACUGACAACCUGCCACAAAGUAUUCCAACACUGGCAGCAAAUGCUACCUAA